CGUGAGGUGUCUGGAGUGUUCUGUGUGCAGAACCUCUCUGCGUCAGCACAGCAGCUGCUACAUCAAAAAUAAGGAAAUCUUCUGUAAGAUGGAUUAUUUCAGGUUUGGUACUAAGUGUGCGCGCUGUGGCCGGCAGAUCUACGCCAGUGACUGGGUGCGGCGCGCCCGUGGAAACGCCUACCACCUGGCCUGCUUCGCCUGCUUCUCCUGUAAACGUCAGCUCUCCACCGGAGAGGAGUUCGGCCUGGUGGAGGAGAAGGUGCUCUGCAGGAUCCACUACGACACCAUGGUGGAAAACCUCAAACGGGCAGCUGAGAGUGGAAGUGGUCUGACGCUGGAAGGGGCAGUGCCAUCAGAGCAGGACAGUCAGCCCAAACCGGCCAAACGGGCUCGGACCUCCUUCACUGCCGAACAGCUGCAGGUAAUGCAGGCUCAGUUUGCGCAGGACAAUAACCCUGAUGCACAGACGCUGCAAAAGCUGGCGGACAUGACGGGACUGAGCAGACGAGUCAUACAGGUUUGGUUUCAGAACUGCCGAGCGAGACACAAAAAGCACACUCCCCAGCACAACGGGCCUCCACAGGGUCACCCGCAGGCACGUAUGCCCCCCUCACUGCCUGACGAGCUGCAUUACUCGCCCUUCGGUAGCCCGGAGAGAGCACGCAUGGUGGCCCUGCACGGCUACAUCGACAGUCAUCCGUUUUCAGUGCUGACCACACAGAGUCUCCCCCAUCAGGCCAUGUCCCUGCCCCAGCUGCCCCUCAGCCGCUAACACCCCAACCACCGAGACCCCCAAUCCCUCGAUCCUGACCUCCACACUUCCUGCCCGCUUCUACUCCUCCGCGGCCCCCCUGGGGGUCAUGAAGCUCUCGGCUGAAGGACAGGGUCACGGUCCCUCGUGCUCUUGACCUCUGACAUCCCAAGGAGAGGGAACGCUUCCUCUGGCCUUUUUGUCGGGACAGGAUUUCCCUCACCUGCGGGCAGUGGAGCUGCACACCUGUGAGCGGUUACAGGAGGCCUGAGUGGUCACCUGUCAAACUGACUGGACAUUGUGUUGAGACUAGGAGACUAGGAUUUGGACCUUCGAUGUGACCCGGUCCCUAAUCACACACUGAACGACAUUAUGAGAAAUGGCUUAGCUCAACUGCUCUCAUUGCGACUGACUCUCUCUCUCUCUCAAACACGUUUUGGGGAACGUUUGUUGCUGUGGGACUGCAGUAUGGCCUGCAUCACUGCUCAAAUGACAUAUUUAUAAUGUUGGGAAAGCUGUGGAAGAGGAAAAUGAGGCCUAGGACCAGUUGGUAAGAAAAGUUUUUAUCUUGCUGCACUGCAAAUAAGGAAUGCAUCGAACUGACUUGACUGAAAUGUUUACAUCAUUUCCAUAUGAAUAAAAUGAAACACAGUUAAUGCCAGAAGUAAAUAAACUACACUCUCAAAAAUAAAGGUUCCUAAGUGGUUCUUGGCUUGGACGUACGGUUCUAUGAAUGCCUAUAAACAUUCGUAAGACAUUACAAACAAGACUAUAAACAAUAAAAACGCAUUACACUUUAAAACUAUGUUUAUUACACAUGGCUAAGCAUGUGUUUAUGAUAGGCUGGUUUGGUAAUACCCUGUGCACGUUUGCUUGGCACUGUCAGUAUAACACUACUCAUAAAGAAUUAUGUUUACAAUUCAUAACAACAAUAAACAUGGGUAUAAAAUGUCAUGCAUUUUUGUUAAUAUUUAUAGCCAUUUUUCUAAUGUGUCUUAUGGGUCAAUUAUAAUGUGUCAUUAAUAGUUUAUUAAAGACACAGCAUUCUUAGAAAGUCUUUUAAAAAUGAUAUAGAAAAGUAACAUUAUGAAGAGGUUCUUUAAGCUUUAAAAAGGUUCUCCACGCUUGCACACUAAAAGGUUCUUUAGGGAACUGAAAGCAGUUAUUUUAGGCACCUUUACUAUUGACAGUGUAAAAGACAAAACUGCGCUUAUUUUAUUAUUUUUUAUUCAUGUGGAAAUGAUGUGCAGAUUUAAAUCAAGUAAAUUGAAUGCUCUCCAUUUUCUCCUUCAGCGCGUAUUUAACAAGCACCGUGCUGGGUCUGUGUAUUUUACUCAAGCGUUUAUAUGGAUCUAAAGCACAGAUCUUAGUGUGCUGUGAAUGGAGUGUCCAUCUCUCUCUUCAUCUGCCCAUCUGUCUGUCUGUGGGUAAAGCAUGCAGUCCAGCUGUAGGGUUUAUCAGUAAAGGCCCAGUCUCAUCACCCACUAGCAUCUGCACUCUCUCAGGCGUAUUAAAAAAAAAAAAACGCCUGAUCACUAUAUAAUGUCCAGCCCAGAGAUGGAGUUUCGGCUGAAUAGCCAGACAAAAUUAAAAUGUGGCAUUUUUAAACCCCUUAAACUCGUGUCAUAGUAGUUACAGAAUAAUAUGUUAUGUGGUUGUGGUCAUGGUUCGAUUUAAGAAGGGGAUGGAAGAGGAUGCAAUCCCCUAUUAAAAAAAAGACUAAAAUCGCCCCCCUGCCAUCCUCGCUUCCAUCCAUUUUGGAUUAAUAUAGCGCUGUUGUCGGAAGAAAACCUUGUAUCUCCAUUUUUGACAUUUUUCAGUUUUUACAAAAUUUGAAAA